AUGGGUAAAAACAACACUUCCAACUCCGAGGCAAAAAAAACAAGAGUAGUAUGGGUAGAUCCAAGUUGGACAACUACUUUUUGUAACCUUUGUGUGGAAGAGAUUGAAGCUGGGAAUAAGGGAAUCUUUGCUGCCUUAAGUGCCAAAGGUUGGAGCAAUUUGGUAAUCAAAUUUCGUGAUGAGACCGGUCUAAACUAUGAUAAAGAACAAUUAAAAUAUAGGUGGGAUGUAUUAAAAGCAGAUUGGAGAGUGUGGGAAAAAUUGAAGGGUGUUGACACAAAUUUAGGUUGGGAUGCAGUGAAGGGAACAAUUGAUGCUAGUGAUGAUUGGUGGGACAUGAAGUUGAAGGAAGUACCCAAAGCUUCAAAAUUUCGACAUAAAGGUCUACAGAAUCUACAACAACUUGAUAGAAUGUUUAGGGAUGUUGCAGCAACUGGAGCAGAACUCAUGUAG